AAAAUCUAAAAUAAUAUUAAUAUCUAAAAUUGGUCCGUACUUUGUCAAUCGCCAUACAACAAAAUUAAGUCAGCUAGGAAUGUAACCUAAGGAUCAGCCAUCUUUCUAAGGUUUGCCAAGCAUCCAUCAAGGCCUGAGCCAGACUUACCAUGAAAAGAAGGAUUUUCAAUCAAAAUUUGAGAAUUUCCCAAUUGGGAAAAUCUGGUAGGAUUGAAGAUGCCAUCAAAAUUUUCUCGCGGAUGUCCCAGAAGAACACUGUUACAUAUAAUUCCAUGAUCACGGCCUACGCCAAAAAUGGCAGGGUUACAGAUGCACGCACUAUAUUCGAUAAAAUGCCUCGCAAAAACUUGGUGUCUUGGAAUACUAUGAUCUCGGGUUACUUGCACAAUAAUAAGGUUGACGAAGCCUAUGAUUUGUUUGUUAAAAUGCCUGAAAGGGACCUUUUCUCAUGGACUUUGAUUAUUACUUGUUAUACUCGUAAUGGGAAGCUUGAAAAGGCUAAGCAACUGCUUGAUUCGCUUCCUUGUAAUUAUAAGAAAGAAGCAGCUUGUUGGAAUGCAAUGAUUGCUGGUUAUGCCAAGGAAGGCAGAUAUGAUGAGGCCAAAAGUUUGUUUGAUGAAAUGCCGAAUAAGGAUUUAGUUUCCUGGAAUUCGAUGCUAAAAGGUCAUAUCCAGAAUGGAGAAAUGCGUUUAGCUUUGCAGUUUUUUGAUGAAAUGCUUGAGCGAGAUGUAGUUUCAUGGAAUUUGAUGAUAGAUGGGUUUGUUGAACAAGGUGAUUUGGAUUUUGCUUGGGAGUAUUUUAAAAAAAUUCCGGAACCGAAUGUUGUAUCUUGGGUAACAAUGUUGUCUGGAUUUGCAAAAAAUGGAAAGAUUUUGGAGGCUAGGAAACUCUUUGAUCAAAUGCCAACUAGAAAUGUGGUUUCUUGGAACGCAAUGAUUUCAGCUUAUGUUCAGAGCUGCCAAAUUGAUGAGGCUAGCAAUUUGUUUGAAGAGAUGCCGGAGAGGGAUCCUGUAUCAUGGACUAUAAUGAUUAACGGGCAUGUUCGUGUUGGUAAACUUGACGAAGCAAGGAAGAUAUUAGAAAAAAUGCCAUAUAAGAACGUUGCUGCCCAAACAGCAAUGAUAUCUGGUUAUGUACAAUAUAAUAAAAUGGAUGAGGCAAGGCAAAUUUUCAAUGAAAUAGACACCCGUGAUGUGGUUUCUUGGAACACCAUGAUUGCAGGCUAUACACAGUGUAGAAGAAUGGAUGAAGCUGUCCAUUUAUCCAGAAAAAUGGUCAUGAAGGACACAGUGUCAUGGAAUAUUAUGAUUACUGCUUAUGCUCAAAUGGGCCGAAUGGACAGAGCUCUAGAGAUCUUUGAAGAGAUGGGAGAGAAGAAUUUAGUUUCCUGGAAUUCAUUAAUUUCUGGUUUCACGUUAAAUGGUCUGUAUUUGGAUGCACUAAAAUGGUUUAUGUUGAUGGUGCAUGAUGGAAACAAACCUGAUCAAUCAGCUUUUGCUUGUGGACUAAGUUCAUGUGCUAUUAUUGCUGCUUUGCAAGUUGGCAGGCAGCUUCACCAUCUUGUUGUUAAGAGUGGUUUUCCAAAUGAUUUGUUUAUUUGCAAUGCUUUGAUCACCAUGUAUUGUAAAUGUGGAAGAAUCCCUGAAGCUGAGCUUCUGUUUAAAGGAAUUGAUCAUGCUGAUAUUGUUUCUUGGAAUUCUUUGAUUGGCGGGUACGCAUUAAAUGGAUGUGGAAAAGAGGCACUUCAACUCUUUCAGGAGAUGGCAUUAGAAGGAGUAGUCCCUGAUCAAGUCACUUUCAUUAGUAUUUUAUCUGCAUGUAGUCAUGCUGGUUUCACUGACCAGGGAUUAGAAUUAUUCAAAGGCAUGACUGAGGUUUAUGGAAUGGAAUUAUUAGCUGAGCAUUAUGCUUGUGUUGUUGAUUUGCUUGGGCGGGUGGGGAGGUUAGAUGAAGCUUUUGAAAUUAUAAAGGGAAUGAAAACCAAGGCAAAUGCCGGUGUAUGGGGUGCAUUACUUUCUGCUUGCCGGACACACAGGAAUUUGGAACUUGGAAAAUUAGCUGCUCAGAAGCUUUUGGAAUUUGAACCUGACAAGACAUCCAAUUAUGUGCUGUUAUCAAACAUGCAUGCGGAGGCGGGUAGAUGGAGUGAAGUACAAGAAGUAAGGUCAUCCAUGAAAGAUAUUAGUGCAGGAAAGCAACCAGGCUGCAGCUGGAUCGAAUUUAGAAAUCAGGUGUAUACUUUUCUCUCAUAUGAUACAAGUUGGCCUGGAGCAGCACAGAUUUGCGGUACUCUACAAACCUUAACUGCUCAAAUGAGAAACAUAGUUUGUUUGUAUGAAAACUCAAUUCAAGAAUUCUGAUUAUUAUUUUUUUCCCAUUGCCAAGUCGUUAAAGGGCAUUGGUGUAAUCUUCUGAUAAUAUCUCCCUCAACUAUAUAUGGUGAAUGAUGAAUAUAGUGCGUUGACCUUUUUAUUC